CAUUCCGUACAGCUGUUGGUGCGUUCGCGAGCUAAAACUGCAGCGGCUACGGUGUAUGGAAAACGUGAAAAAUUCCAGUGUAACAUUCUUAUUGGUCAAUUGAUGGUUAUGUAAACCUGGUCUACAAUCUUUUCAAAAUUCAGCUGCAUAUCAAAUACAUACAUAUACAUACGUAAAUUAAAAGUGUGCAUUAUGUCGAUGGUUGUGCUUACUGGUCUAUGCCGCUUGCGGCCCGGGAAUGUCACGCGAUGUUUUCUAAUGCGACAACAACUACAUAGUCAUAUAUAUCGCCGGCACGUGCUCAGGAUGGCGGUGGUGACAAGGCACUACGUCCAAGCUCCUGAGGCGCGCACGCUGCCAGACGAGAGAUCCUUGUCAUCGCCUCCACAGAAGCAACAGCAGCAACAAAAGCAAGUGGAGGAACUGCUCUGCGAGCAAGUGACUUCACAAAGUCAGGGCGACCAACAGCAAAAACAGGAGACUCCUGAAAACUUGAGCAAGGACCCAUCGUUAACAAUGCCCUCUAGUGUCGAUGUGCCAUUCAACAUUGACUGGAUAUUUCCUAAGCUACGGCAGCCCUCAAAGCUCUGGUAUUUUAUAAGCCAAAUAGUCAUCACUGCAGUUGGACUCUUUAGUAAAUUUGUGCUUGUCUUUAUGAACAGAACGCGUGUUCAUAACAAAGAAAGACUUGUGGGUCUAGUAUCUAAGCGACCAAAGGGAGUGCCCUUAGUGACUGUCUCCAACCAUCAAUCGUGCUUUGAUGACCCCGGUCUAUGGGGUGUGCUUCCGGUCCGAUAUGUUUGCAAUACACUCCGUAUACGUUGGUCUAUGGCAGCACACGAUAUUUGCUUUACCAACAAAUAUCACUCAUGGUUCUUCAUCUACGGAAAAUGCAUACCGGUUAUUCGUGGCAUUGGUGUUUAUCAGGAAGCGAUUAAUUUGUGCAUUGAGAAAUGCGCGCUUGGCCAUUGGGUGCACGUCUUUCCAGAAGGAAAAGUUAACAUGACGAAGGAGGAAAUGCGACUGAAGUGGGGUGUAGGGCGUAUAAUCUAUGAAUCGCCCAAAAUACCAAUCAUUUUGCCAAUGUGGCACGAGGGUAUGGACGAGGUGCUGCCAAAUGUGGAGCCCUACGUGCUCAAGUGGCGAAAAAGAGUUACUCUUAAUAUUGGGCAGCCGUUGGAUCUAACCGACUUUGUGCAGGACCUUAAGAAUCAACAAGUUCCCGAGCCGAUGGCUCGAAAACUCAUAACAGAUAAAAUACAGGAUGCCUUUCGUGAAUUACGGGUGGAAACCGAAGAACUGCAUAGACAGCAAAAUAAGUGACUAGAAAGUUGACGGAAAGAUCGACGAACUUACGUAGACCUUAUUAAUUAGUGUUAAGCAUAAAAUGAAGCAUGGAAAACAGUUGUCUAGAUCUUGUUAUCUACAUAUGUAUAUUUUUCGUAUUGGCGCUUGCUUCCGGAUUUUAGCUUGAAAAGUUGCAAUUUUGUACAUUGGUUUUAAGAAUUGAUGCUAUAUAAAAAUUACUUAAAGUAUAAA